AUGAGGGGGAUAAUGGACAAAGAGAACGAGGACGAGGACGAGGACAAGGACAAGGACAAGGACAAGGACGAGGACAAGGACAAGGACGAGGACGAGGACGAGGACGAGGACGAGGACGAGGACGAGGACGAGGACGAGGACGAGGACGAGGACGAGGACGAGGACGAGGACGAGGACGAGGACGAGGACGAGGACGAGGACGAGGACGGGAUUCAGGUAGAGGAAGGAGAGGAAAGGAAGGGGUCAGAGCCAACGAAGAGCGAGGGAUAG